AUGUCGAGUACAUCACAAAAGCAUAGAAAUUUUGUUGCUGAACCGAUGGGAGAAAAACCUGUUACUGAUUUAGCCGGCGUAGGUGAAGUUUUAGGAAAGAGACUUGAAACCGCUGGUUUUGAUAAGGCAUAUGUUGUGCUGGGUCAAUUUUUAGUGCUUAAGAAAGACAAAGAACUGUUUCAAGAAUGGAUGAAAGAGACAUGUAGUGCCAACUCAAAACAGUCUGCUGAUUGUUAUCAGUGUUUGAAAGACUGGUGUGAUGAAUUCUUAUAA